AUGGCCAGAAAAUAUGAAGGACAUGCAAUUGGAAUUGACCUUGGUACAACCAACUCGCGUAUUGCUGUGUGGCAGGAGCAAAACAACAGAGCGGAGAUAAUCUACAAUGAAGCUUCUUUUGUUGCUUUCACUGAUGAUAGAAGGUGGUUGAUUGGUAAUUCUGCCAAAAAUCAAGCAGCCUCUAAUCCAUCCAACACUGUAUUUGAUGUAAAGAAGUUUCUUGGAAGAAAAUACAGUGAUCCUAUAAUUCAGAACAAUCUACUGUCGUGGCCGUUUAGGGUCAUUUCUAGUAAAGAUGACAAGCCCAUGAUUCGUUUUAGUUACAAAGAUAAGGAAAAACACCUUUCGCCUGAAGAAAUAUUAGCUUUGAUAUUCAAAAAGAUGAUGGAUACUGUGAAGGCGUUUUUGAAGUCACCGGUAAAAAAUGCAGUGAUUACAGUGCCUGCAUAUUUCAACGAUUCUCAGCAAAAAGCCAUCAAUGAUGCUGCUGUCAAUGCUGGCCUCAAUGUAAAGGGAUUAAUUAAUGAACCAACUGCUGCUGCCAUUUCAUAUGGUCUUCAUAAGAGAGCAACUUGUGUUGAAAAUAGAAAUAUUCUCGUAGUUGAUCUUGGUGGCGGAACUUUUGAUGUGUCUCUCAUCACAUUCAAGGAUGGCAAGUUUGAAAUAAAGGCGGCGAGAAACACUCAAUUUGGAGGUGAAGACUUUAAUGAAAGAAUGAUGAACCAUUUUGUGAAGGAGUUCAAGAGAGAGCACAAAAGCGACAUUAGUAGAAACUCAAGGGCGCUUAGGAGGUUGAGAACUGCGUGUGAGAGGGCGAAAAAUGCACUUUCAUUUUAUAGUUCCACUUUUUUAGUAGAAGAUAUAUAUGAUGGACUUUAUUUCUUUUCAUCAAUAACGUCGGCUAAGUUUGAGCAACUCAACAUAAACCUCUUUGAUACUUUUAUGAAUAUAAUUAAGGUCUGUCUUUUUGAUGCGAAGAUAAACAAUAGCAGUGUUGAUGAAGUUGUUCUAGUGGGUGGCUCUUCAAGGAUUCCCAAAGUUCGGCAGCUACUGCAGAACUUUUUCAAAAAAGGGAAGAAUAUCUUCGAUAUAAUCGGUCCUGAUGAGGUUGUUGCUUGUGGUGCAACUAUACAUGCUGCAUUGUUGAGUGGAAGUCUUAAGAAUGUUCCAAAGGAAGUGCAUCAAUAUCUUACAAGGUUGUCUCUUGCAGAACUGGAACCAGAGCCAAUACCAAGAAAUAUAGUGAAUCAUAAAAGAGUUAAGCUUACAAUUGAGGAUAACAGUUCUAAGAUCAUGAUUGAUUUUCAAGGUGGUGUUGGAAUUACUCUUAAUGUUCCUGGUUCGUUUGAUGUCUCACUUCCUGAUACUGCUCUAGCCCUUCCUAUCAAUUGUUGCUUUGCUACGGAUUCUGAUGGUAUGUUAAAUGUUUCCACUGAGGUACAAACUAUUUCCAAAGAUAUCAAAAUAACAAAUGAGAAUGUGAGGGUGGAGUUUCGAAGUAUUGAUCAUAUCAUUAGACCACAGAUGGCUACAUUUGACAAUGCGAGAGAUGUGAUCCAAGACAUCUGUUGUAAGGAGAAUGCCACAGAUGCAGGGAAGGUGGCGGUCAUGGUUUGGGUGUUGUGGAAUAACUGGAAUAAUUGGAUUUGGAAUGAAGAUAAAAAAGAUGCUAACCAAUUAGGCGCGCAAGGUUAUCAUAUGUGGCAAGAGUGGUUCUUGGCCCAAGGGUCAAUGGGUAACGAAACCAAUAGAAUUCACUACCAGACUACAUGGCGACCACCUCAACCGGGCACGACUAAUGGAGGAUGGUGUGUUAGAGAUGGCGGUGGAAGAUUCAUUGUGGCGGGUACAUCGUGGAAUAAUGGUAGAUUUUCUAUUGUUGAAGUGGAGGCAAUUGCUUUGAAGGAAGCAAUCCAAGGAGCAAUCAACUUAAAUCUGCAGAACAUCAUUUUUGAAAGCGACUCCCAACUAGUGGUCCAAGCAACUCAUGCUACUUCUCCGGGUAACUCUGAAUACAAUAUGAUUAUAAAUAGUAUCCAAAAUUUGCUAAAUUCUCGAGACGACUUUGAGGUUAAGUUUGUUAAGCAUCAAGCCAAUUAUUGGUCUCGACGCGCGGUUCUCUACUUGAUUCCUCCGUGUAUUGAACAAUAUUUAUUUAAUGAAAUGAAUUGA